GUGUCGGUCAAUACAAAGAAGAAUUCUUCAGCUGCCUCCUUCCUGGUGACUCAUUUUGUUAGUAGCACCAAGAUUUCAUCAGCUGCUGUCCAACAGAAAUUGGAGAAUGGCUGAUUCGGGGGUCUCUCGGAAGGAAGAAGAGAGGCCCAAGUGGGCCAGUAAGGUCCAGUACCUGCUCACCUGCAUCGGAUUUGCUGUGGGAGUGGGAAAUGUGUGGCGUUUUCCCUAUUUGUGCCAGAUCCAUGGAGGAGGUGCGUUCCUCAUCCCUUACCUGAUAGCGUUGGUGUUUGAGGGUCUUCCUCUGCUCUACCUGGAGCUGGCCAUAGGACAGAGGCUCCGCAUGGGCAGCGUUGGUGUCUGGAACUCCAUCUCCCCAUUUCUGGGUGGAGUCGGCAUAUCCUCGAUGAUCGUUUCAUUCUUGGUGUGUUUGUUCUACAAUACUCUUGUGGCUUGGGUCAUCUGGUACUUCUUCAACUCCUUCCAGGACCCUUUGCCUUGGAGUCAAUGUGCCGUCAAUGAAAACCACACAGGCUAUAAUCAGGAGUGCGUAGAGAGCACGUCAGUGAACUACUUCUGGUACCGUGAGACCCUGAACAUCACGCCCGACAUUGAGAUCAGUGGCUCAUUACAAUGGUGGAUGGUCAUCUGCCUGGCCACCGCCUGGUGUGUGGUCUACAUCUGCUUCAUCAGGGGCAUCGAAACCAUUGGAAAGGCUGUGUACGUGACGGUUACAUUUCCCUACCUGGUAUUGACUAUUUUCCUGGUGAAUGCCCUCACUCUGCCUGGAGCAGCCGAUGGACUGGCGUACCUCUUCACACCCAAUUGGGAAACUCUGCAAAAACCCCAGGUGUGGCUGGAUGCCGCAACUCAGAUCUUCUUCUCCCUCUCGGUGGCCUUUGGAGGCCUCAUCGUUUUCUCCAGCUACAACCCCCAGGAUAAUAACUGUGAGAAGGAUACAGUUGUGGUUGGGCUGGUAAACAGUGCUACAUCCCUCUAUGCCUCCAUCUCUGUCUUUUCCAUCCUUGGGUUUAAAGCCAACAGCAACUACAUCACCUGUCUUGAAGGAAACAUCUUGGCUCUGACUAACCGGUUUGACAUUGGGGACCAGAACAUAACAGUGGAGAACUAUGAUGCCUGGCUUGAAUACUUGAACAGGACAAAUUCAGAUAAGGUCGCCAGUUUGACCCUGAAGGAAUGCAAUCUGCAAACAUUCCUUGACCAGAGUGCAUCCGGGACUGGCCUUGCAUUCAUUGUGUUCACUGAGGCAGUGAUGAAGAUGCCCGGCUCUCAGGUGUGGUCCAUUCUGUUCUUUGUCAUGUUGUUCAGCCUGGGACUCUCAACUAUGUUCGGCAACUUGGAAGGCGUCCUCAACCCUCUCUAUGAACUAAACUUGGUACCAAAAUGGAUGCCCAAGGAGCUCUUCACAGCAUUAGUUUGCUUGAUAUCCUUCCUGAUAUCUCUGAUCUUCACCCUGGGAUCUGGGAACUACUGGUUGGAGAUCUUUAACAGCUAUGUGGGCUCAGUUCCUUUCCUCAUCAUCGCUUUCUUUGAGGUCAUCGGGGUCAUCUAUCUCUAUGGACUGACACGUUUCAGUGAAGACAUCCACUUCAUGACAGGGAGAAGGCCGAACAUCUUCUGGAGGGUCUGCUGGUUGGCUAUUAGCCCUCUGAUGCUUCUAGUGGUGUUCAUAGCUUACGUUGUAUCCCAGUCACAAAAGCACCCCUACUAUCUGGCAUGGAAUCCAAACUAUGAGAAGUUCCCUGAAACGGUUGUGACGCCUUACCCUGACUGGGUGUUUGCCAUCAUUGUUCUCCUCUCUGCGCUGCCCGUGGUUCCCAUCCCCCUGGUGGCGCUAUACAGACUGAUCUGUUGUUGGAGUCAAAGGAGGUCCACUGAUGGCCCCCGCAGAAGAACCAAAUGUGACGCCAUUGAAGUCUAUACAGUGGACACAUAGUUUAGGUGACUGACAGACUGUAUGGCACAAAUAUACCAGAAUUUAGAAAUUUUUUUGGAGGUAUUGUGGUUGGAGAAUCCUUUUAGAUGCCAUAAAGGGACUCUUCCAAAAGCCUGUGAAUAAAAACCUGAGUAUGUAGAUUUAA